AUCCAUCCCACCGCUCUCGCGCCCCUUGUCUCUUGCGCCCAUCAUCAAGGCAAUGUCGAUACUCGAGAUCGCGUGCGAGUUCGUCUAUAAACCGUACAAGGCGGCGCCGUUGUGCGGCAUGUCCAUUGAGAGCGUCGCCGUCGCGAUUGGAAAGGAUUUGGAUCCACACAAGCUGCCCCAUCCCCCCAUCGACACCAUUACCAGGCCAAGCAGCAGCAAGGACGGCUUUAGGUUCUCUUGGUACUUCAUCCCGGGCUCGACCUUACCAGACCGUGUCUGUCAAUUUUUUGGUCAAGACCCUGACACGAUGCGCGGGAUCUUCGAGAACAUGGGCCUAAACGAUGUCAGAAUGAGGCGCCAGCUCGUACCUUGGGAGCAAGUCCCGGAGAAGCAGCGCAGGAAGCUCGAGGUCCAGUUGAGGGCUUUUGAGAAGGCCGGUCGCCCGCGCUCUCCCCCGCCCGACGAUCGCGACAUUCGGCGCGGUAUUGCUCGCAUGUCCGUCCGUCGCAGCAUGUCUUCCGACAGGCGCCGUCGCUCGCGCUCCCCAGUCCCCAGGAAGCGCAACUACGACGCCCGCAUGCGCUCGCGCAGCCCCCGCAACUUGCGUUCCCCCUACUCGACCCCUGGGUACAGUCCUUUCGAUCCCCAGAUGAAUAGUCCGAUGAAGCCCAUGGGCCGUUAUGAAGAAGAGUCCGACACGCGCCGUGACGACCGCUUUGCGUCCAACCGUUACCAGCGCUCUCCGUCCCCGCCGCCACGCCGUUACGCUGGCAGGCCCGACCACAAGGACCGCAGCCGCCCUCAUGACAAGAACCGAGGGCCGACGCGUCCCUUAGUCGGCACCAAGGUUGACUUCCGCUACGGGGCGACGGGCAAGGACCGCUUUGUCAAGGCCAGCACGCCCCCGCCGUCGCUCCACGACCUCUCGCACGAGCUCUCCGACCUGGAGCGCAACCUUCAGUACCUCAAGAUCCAGGAGAAGACCCUCAUGGAUGACCUCGCCCGUGUUGACCCGUCUUCGUGGGCUGCACGUCCCACAGAGGGCAGCGUCUCCGCCCACCUCAUGAUGAAGGAGAUUGAGCUCAACGUCGAGCGGCAGAAGCGCCAGGAGUCGGAGUUCCUCGUUGAAGCAGUCCUGAAGGAGAUCAACCAUCCCACCGUCGUGCCGACGCUCAUGCCUUUGAUACAGCAGGCAGGCGCCGGCGGUAGCAACUACAGCGGCGGCAUGCUUCCUGGAGUGCUUCCCGCGGGCGGUCCUGGCUCCGAGUUCGGCGUUCUCGUGCAGUGAGCGGCCGUUUGGCUGCCUCUGAGGUUGCAGUUUGGCAGUGCUGGAGGCCUCUUUGCUGUGAUGGCUGCUCGUACAUCCGUCGGUCGCGGCGGGCAAACGUCGCAAUGGAUGAUUCCUGGUCCCCUGCGCGGUCAUAUUGUGACCACUUCAACGUUCAAUGGUUUCUGGAUUAUGCAUCGGCAUCGGCGGCUCCUGCUCGUCGUUGCACACAUCGGCUUCAUUGGAAUAUCGGAUAUCACUCACUCGCUCGCUCUUUGCCUUGGUCUCAUGCACGGGAGGAGCGCGCGCACAAUUUUCGGUCUUCGCGCGCGUGUCUUCGCCAGUUGUGUUCUCGGCUCAUGUUGUAAUCUCUCACCUGUCCACACAGGAUCAUCUUCAGCCUGUCCAAGCAGGAUUUCUCGACUCUCAACACUCCUUACCUCAGCAUGCCCGUCAUGCUUCUCCGCGGUUUGCUAGCGUCUCUGCGUCGGUGACACCGGCACAUUGACGUUGGCGGUAUCGGCGCCUCGGCGCUGGUCGGGCUGGCGCUUCGGCGUUGGCUUUACUGGCACCUGGCGUUGGUUGACCGGCGUCCACAAGCGUCGGUCGUACCGCGGUCCCCUCCACUGGCCGUAAUCCUUGGGGUUGCGAUCAGUAAAACUCGUUGUGCGCCACGAGUAUAUUUAUGAUUGUUACGACUUUUUCCUUCUCCUUCGCGCCAUUCUCGACGCGCUGGUCUCUUCUUCACGCUCUCCUCGACGCGCAUCUCGUGCCGGGGUUGGCUUUGGUCACUUUUUCUUGGUCUUCCUUGUCACGCCUAUCGCAGUGCGAGCGCGCCUACGUCGUGUUUGCUUCAGCUGCCGAUUACGAUAAACACAAAACCACAUAUAUUCUGAUGUCCCUUGCUUGUACGACUAUUGUAUUGCCUACCUGCCUCUACGUCUUUUGAGGCAUCGAUGGCAUCUCCCAUUGACAGGCUUGGGUUUUGCCACAGAUCAGGGAUCGACUCUUCAUCCUGAUCGACGCCUAAGAGACAAUCUCUCCAUCCUCGCUUUCGUGUAUAUACGUCGCCCACGACCUCUUCCAUCGGUACAUGUCUUGUCAUCGCCCGAGCUCGGGCAAUUCACUUCUGUACGACAGUAGCUCGGACGGUUGCUUGCGUGUAUCAUAGCUCUCGGACAAUGUUACCUGUGUAUAGUCAGAACCAGAUGUUUUCUGGUCAAAUUUGGCGUGCGAGCAAGGUUUCCAG